AUGAAUCAACUGCUUGCAUUUAUCUAUCUCCUCCUCUUAUUUACCUACAUUUUCUAUUUCUACUAUUUCAUCAGUGUUCUUAAGAUUCUUCAUUGUCUAAAUCAGGCUAAUUUUCAUUUUCGAUUGUAUCUCUCUUGCUUCCUUUUCUUUUUCUUUCUCUCCCUUUCUGGUCCUUUUUCUCUUUUCUCUCUGGUUCUUUUACUCAUCUCUCCCUCUCUCUCUCUCUCUCUCCGACCUUUUACUGUUCUCGCUCUCUCUCUGGUCUUUUCCUCACUCUCUCUCUCUCUGGUCUUUUCCAUUUAUCCUUUCUCUUUCCCUUUCCAACUCCUCCCCUCCCUUUCCCUUCCCUUUUUCUCUCUCUCUUUCCUUUUUCUCUCUCUUUCCCUUUUCUCUCUCUCUUUCCCCUCCAUUUCUCUUCCCUCUCUCCCUCUUACUCUUUCCCUUUUUCUCUCUCUCUCUUUCCCUUUUUCUCUCUCUCUCUUUCCCUUUUCACUCUCUCUCUCUUUCCCUUUCACUCUCUCUUUCUCUCUUUCCUUUUUCUCUUUCUUUUCUCUCUUUCCUUUUCUCUCUUUCUUUCCUUUUCUCUCUUUCCCUUUUCUCUCUUUCCCUUUUCUCUCUUUCCCUUUUCUCUCUUUCCCUUUUCUCUCUUUCCCUUUUCUCUCUUUCCCUUUUCUCUCUUUCCCUUUUCUCUCUUUCCCUUUUCUCUCUUUCACUCCUUACAUGUCCUGUCUCUAUUUCUCUCAUUAUCUUUCUUAUUUCUUCUUUCUCCUUUCUCUUUCUUUCUCCUCUUUCAAUACUUUUGUCUCUUUCUCCUCUUUCAAUACUUUUCUCUUUCUCUCCCUUCUUUUUCUUUCCCCUUUCUCUCCCUUCUCUUUCUUUCCCCUUUCUCUCUCUUCUCUUUCUUUCCCCUUUCUCUCCCUUCUCUUUCUUUCCCCUUUCUCUCCCUUCUCUUUCUUCCCUUUUUUCUUCUUUUUUCUUCUUUCUUUAUUUCUUUUUCUUUCAUCAUCUUUCUCCUUUCAUCUUUCUCCUUUCUCUCCUUUCUCUUUCACCUUGUUUCCCUUUCUUUCUCCUUGUUUCCCUUUCUUUCUCUUUCUCCUUGUUUCCCUUUCUUUCUCUUUCACCUUGUUUCCCUUUCUUUCUCUUUCACCUUGUUUCCCUUUCUUUCUCCUUGUUUCCCUUUCUUUCUCUUUCUCCUUGUUUCCCUUUCUUUCUCUUUCACCUUGUUUCCCUUUCUUUCUCUUUCACCUUGUUUCCCUUUCUUUCUCUUUCACCUUGUUUCCCUUUCUUUCUCUUUCACCUUGUUUCCCUUUUGCCUUCUUUCUCUUUCCCUUUCUUUCUCUUUCUUGUUUCUUUCUUUCUCUUUCUCUUUGUUUCCCUUUCUUUCUUUUCACCUUUUUCCUUUCUUUCUCUUUCUUGUUUCCCUUUCUUUCUCUUUCUCCUUCUUUCCUUUCUUUUCUUGCCUUCUUUCUCUUUCUUUCUCUUUCACCUUGUUUCCCUUUCUUUCUCUUUCACCUUGUUUCCCUUUCUUUCUCUUUCACCUUGUUUCCCUUUUGCCUUCUCUCUCUCUCUUUCUUUCUCUUUCUUGCCUUCUCUCUCUUUCUUUCUCUUUCUUGCCUUCUCUCUCUCUCUUUCUUUCUCUUUCUUGCCUUCUCUUUCUUUCUUUCUCUUUCUUGCCUUCUCUCUCUUUCUUUCUCUUUUGCAGUUUACCUUUGUAUGAUUAUUGUUACCUUGAGUGCAGGUGUUUAA